CAUAGAUGAGCAAGCGUUUCAGACACUGGUAAGAAGGACGAUGAUGAACCCUACAGAUCACAUUCUAACUCAGCUAGAGCUGACAAAUAAUCCUGGCGCCGUGCCCAAUGUUUACACUAACUUCGGAGCCGUACCUACUCCCAUAUUCGUCCAGAGGCCAUCCGGCUUUCCUCAUCUUCCGCCAAACGGGAUGCAAGACGUGGAUCUGGCUAACUUGGGAAACUCUCUGAAUGGGAGUCGUAUGGCUCUGGCAAUGGAGAUGGCGAGACUGGACAUGGAGCGAAUGAAGUUUGUAGAGCCGCCGAUUACUAUUACGAAGGCGGGAAAGGUUCCACUGUAUGACACUGUGAAUUUACCAAAUGAGGAGCAAGCAAGAGGUCGCCAAGCUGACAAGCCAACUAUAGGGAAGGGAGGCAAAGGUAAAAAAGUCACAUAUGCGAAACCUGCUGCAAAUAACAAGUUUAAACAAGCUUCGUCGGGUGAAGUGCAUGGAAGUGGUGUAUCCUCCGCAUCGCAGCACCAGACCAUGGCUAAGGCACUUGAGGAGAUUGGGAAAUCGAGAUGUGAGUUAGUCGAGUGCAUUCGCUGGAUGGCACAGAAGGCGUCCCAGACUACUGUUGCAUUCACCAGGGAGGCGGACGAAGAGCGCAAAAUGGAAACUAGAAUUAAUCAGCAGACUAUCCGGUGUGCACGCAACCUGUACUCACUGCAGCAGCAGAUACGCCAGGUGCAGACAGACGUGAACAAGUUGACUGCAGAUGGAAACAUAGUAGUAGACGUCCAGUCUAUUUCCCCCUCCGACUCCAAAAUCGGACAAGUGACCGUUAUGUUGAAUAAACUACUCAGUGUGCACAAAAAUGUAGCGAAAACGGCAAAAGAUGUGGCUGCAGUAAGCAGAGAGGGUCACGGAGUCGAAAAGCAGUUUAGCCGAACUUACAGUGAAUUGUCCCAUCUGAUACGACAAAUAUCAUUAGUAAAUGAUCAAAUUGGAAUUGACAAGAUAGAUUGUCACGUAGAAAUUCUCGACGGAUUGUCUGUUGGAGAAAUUGUGACGGAAAAUAAUUUAACGCGCAAGCAACCCGAAGCGUCCAAGAAGCUUGCGAUUCAAAUUCCCCCGCAAAUUUCAGGAAAAUUGAGAGUGGUUAAUUCUCCCCCAAUGAGUCCCGAUAGAGAUCAAACAUUAAGAGCUGGAAUCAUUGCUCUGGGAAUUGAUAAAAUUCUGGACCGGGACGAGAAAUCGAAAAACACAGAACCCAAAAUAGCUGAAGCCAACGUUGGCGUGUUUGGCAAAAAGAAGACCCCCGGAAAUGUCAAGAAUACAAAACGGAAUGUAAUUUAUACGACUACUAGAUCCCAAGUGCCUGCAAAAUUGAAUCCGAAAAAUGUGAAGUCGAACAUACUGCAAUCGACAGUUGCGUCACAGUUGAAAUCAGUUCAUUCGGACAUGUUAAUUCGAAAUCCGAUCUCGGAUUUUAAUAGCACCAAUAAUUCGAAGACGAAAGCAAAGCCGAAGAGCUCAUCGCCUGUGAAUAUGCGGCCGAACGAAUCUCUAGAUAGGUUGCGAGAUAGUAUCGAUCAAUCUACCAUUCUGUCGAGCUCACGAAACCAAUCUUUGUCGCCCGCUCGCGGCGGCGGCCGGCGCAACAGAAGUCAAAGUAAAUCUCCAGUCGCUAAAAAGCGGCAAUCUCCGAUUCGUGAUGACAAAAUAAGUAUGGUGACUCACGAACAAGCGGAAGAAGAGCUGAAGUCUUACGUGAAAGAGACCAAUAAGUUGAUUGCAGAGAUGAAGAAAGAGAGACACACAACGCAAAGACUGUUUGACAGCAAAAAGGGAUUAACACCCGAAGCUUACGAGGAUAUAAGAGAUAUCUGCAGUUUGAAGCUUCAAAAGUACGCGAGUGAAGACAAAGACGCGCGAGCUGUUAUUUUGCAACUGAAGGGUAUGAGUGAUCCGACAUUUAGGUACCUCGUGAAAGAGUGCUCGUUUGGUUUUAAGUCGUUCGAUUACGAACAAAUAGCCGACAGGAUUCUGGACUUUCUCAUAGAGCAGAGAUUGGACCAAGUUGCUCUGUGGAAGAUCAAAGACGAAAAGAGCACAGAAGUUUUUGAAAACAUUGACCAUAAGCGAGAAAGCAGAACAAAAUUCGACAGGAAAACAGUUGAAAGUCUACAGGAAAUGUUGAGGCGAUUGGAAAAAAUUGAGGACAUGGAAAAUGAGAUUGCUCAAAGUUUGAACUCUGACGCAUUCAGCUUGCGAGCUCUGGAUUUGAAAGAUUUCAGCUUUGAUGCCAAAGAUACAUCGAAAAAUCCGUUCAAAUAUGUUCAUUUCCGAGACUAUCCAUCCGUAAUAGAUUCGCCUAAGUCACAUCAUCAUAAUAUGUCAUCAUUUGGAGACUUGAUAAUUGUCAACAAAGGAAAAAGUUCCUUGAAGCCGUCUGCAUUGCAAGAAAUGAGUGGUAGUUACUAUGAUGACUCAUCGAUGGUCGGCAGGACUGAAAUAUCAGUUGAUCAGAAUCUGUUCACAGCUGUACAGACUGAAGUGGCUUCACAUCAGAAACAAAUUGCGGAAACUCUGAAUGUAGACUUGAAUAAAGUAAGUCCGAGUGGAUUGAUGGAUCAAAUAACGAACGAGAUAUUAGCUGACUGUCUAGAGGCUGUAAUGAAUGAGUUUUCAAGUGCGUGCGAUGGAUUUGCACAGGAAAUUUACGCAGGAGAAUUCAAGCCAAGCGAAGAGUAGAAUACAUGUGCAUAAAUUCAGACAGUCAAUUAAAUAAGGUCGAUUAGAACUGUGAUGUGGUUGUACAUAGUGUGUAAAUAUGUUGAAAGUUUAAUUCUUUUGAGUGUAUUCAAUGUUGAAUUUCAGUUUCUGAGAGCUCUUUUUGAGUCAGUGUUAUCGGCUCAC